AUGCAUUCCAUCCCACCUCCUCGCAACUUCCUCGUCCUGUCUGCCAGCAGCUCGGCGCCAUUUGACCCUUCCAAGAAGUUUCUUGUCCUGUCACCCACCGAAUCUGGUCCAGACCUUGCGGCCUAUGAGCAAGCCUUGACCGAUUCCAUCGAGCAAACCUCUGACUCGGAGGCAGUAUUGCACCGUUCUAACAGCACAUCCUCUUCAUCGUCAGAGGACUCCCAACCCGAUGAUGUUGCUGCUACGCUCCCCGCAGGCUUCCUCUUCCUGGGCCACCCUUCCCGACGACCUUCCCAGUGA